GAUAAUUUUGAAAACAGUGGAUUAGAAGAUAAUUUUUAAUUCAAAGAUUUUUGAUCAAAAUAGCUAUGGCGCUGUCGUGGAGAUAGUAGUAAAUCGUAGUAAAAACACCCAACACACGUCAUUUGGCGGCAAUCGGAGUCAGACGUACGCUUCAACUUUGGUUCUUAAUUAGAAUUAGUUUAUUUUCAAAUAAUUGACAGAUAAACAAUUUGUCAAUUGUUUUUAUUUUUAAAUAAAUUUUUAAUUACUUUAAGGUAAUUCUCCAUUAGUUAUUAAAGUCAUAUUUUGUAACAUAAUACAUGAUAUAGCAUUUUACACAAAAGUGCUUAUCCUGUUGAUAUCAAGAGAAAAGGAAUUUUUUGAUAUAACUCAAGAAGAUGAAGGAAAAAGUCACCAAGAAGAAAAUAAGUCCAAUAGAAAAUGCCAAUCUCUUCAACCGAUUAUUUUUUUGGUGGACGAUCAAAUUAUUCAGAAAAGGUGCCAAACAUGGACUCACCAUGGAAGACAUCUGGCACCCUCUUAAAGCUGAUGAGUCAGAGAAACUAGCAGACGAAUUAGAGAAGGCAUGGGAUCAACAAAUAAAAUUGUGUGAAGAAAGAAAAUCAUCCUUGACAGAUAGCAAAGAUGCAACUUCAAUAAAACCCAGCUUAGCUAGAGCUAUCCUAAAAGUAUUUUGGUUCCGUAACUUUAUGAUAGCUUUGAUAAUAAUGUUUGAAAUAGUCGUUUUACGAAACGUCAAACCUAUUCUCUUAAAUUUCAUCAUCAAUUAUUUUGAUAUGGGUGAUAAAAGUUCAACAGCACAGAAUGAAGUCUUAAUUCAUACCACCGGAUUAGUUGUAAUAACUUUUGUGGCUACUUUUAUAAUGCAUCAUGCUGGUUUAGAGUCGCAAAGAAAUGGAAUGAAGAUUAGAAUUGCCUGUUGUUCUUUAAUUUAUCGUAAGAGUUUGAAAUUAAGCAAAGCAUCUCUUGAUAAAACAGCUGCAGGCCAAGUGGUGAACCUUUUAAGCAACGAUGUUAAUCGAUUUGAUUUUCUUCCACUUUAUAUCAACUUCUCAUGGCUCACUCCAAUCCAAAUUGUUGUCGUUGGUAUCAUUAUGUGGCAAAGUAUCGGAGUUUAUACACUUGUUGCACUUGGUAGUCUUAUGAUAAUGACGAUUCCACUACAAAGUUAUCUCUCUAAAAUAAGCGGAUAUUUACGAGAAUUAAUAGCCAAGUUAACUGAUCGAAGAAUUCAGUUAAUGAGUGAAUUAAUCGCAGGAAUUCAAGUCGUUAAAAUGUAUGCAUGGGAGAUACCAUUUAACAAGAUAGUUUCUCAAACUAGAAGAGAAGAAAUAAAGAAAAUUCUUUUGUCAUCAAAUAUAAGAGGAUUUUAUACGUCUUUAUUUGUCAUAACAGAACGUUCGACGCUAUUUUUAACAAUAGUUUCUUUUACUGCUGCGGGAAAUCCUAUAAGUGCCGGUGUGGUUUUCCAACUUUUCAGUUACUUCAAUCUUUUACAAUUAGUUAUGGCAAUUUGUCUUCCAUUAGCUAUUAUGAUAUUUGGAGAAGCUUUGGUGUCUAUCAGAAGAAUUGAGGAUUUUUUGUCACUUGAUGAAAUAGACAAAACAUCUAUAGAAUCAAAAACAACUGUUGAAUCAGUUGAAACCAAUUUAUCAAAUCCGAACGUUGAUUAUGUAACAAAUAAAAAGUCAAAUCCUGUACAUAUUGAAUUACACAGAGUAUCAGCUAAUUGGAUUUUAGGUCAAUUACCACCAACAUUAAAUGAAAUAUCAUUAAAAAUUAAAGGAGGUGAAUUAUAUAGUCUCGUUGGUCCUGUUGGUGCAGGUAAAUCAUCGAUAUUGAAUCUUCUUCUUCAAGAACUUCCAGUCGGUGCUGGCGCUGUUAGACUAUAUCAAAAUACCGAAAAAAAUUUUGAUUUACAGUCGAAACGAGGAUUUUUUACAGAUGAUUCAGGAAUUAAAAUAUCUUAUGCAAGCCAAGAUCCUUGGCUUUUUACAGGAACUGUUAAAGAAAAUAUCCUUUUUGGUCAAACUUACGAUAGUGCACGUUAUCAAGAGGUAACAAAAGUUUGUUCUCUUCUACAUGAUUUUAAACAAUUUCCCAAUGGAGAUAUGACAAUUGUUGGAGAACGAGGAGCAUCUCUUUCGGGCGGGCAGAGAGCGAGAAUUAAUCUAGCAAGAGCAGUAUACAGAGAUGCCGACAUUUAUCUUCUCGAUGAUCCUUUGAGUGCUGUUGACACUCGAGUGAGUAGACGGCUUUUCAAAGAUUGUAUAUCCGAAUAUCUAAAAGGAAAAACAAGAAUUCUUGCUACACAUCAGAUUCAUCAUUUGAAGGAAGCUGACGUAAUUAUUGUCAUUGAUCGGGGAACCAUUAAAGCUCAAGGAUCAUACGAUAAUUUAACAAGAACCAGCACCAAUUUUAAUGACUUAUUAAAUCGUUUGAAAGAAGAUGAAAAACCCACUGAUACUAACAAUAUUGAAAAUUUACCACAACGUGAUACUGUUGAGAAAGAAAUGUCCCCGGAGAAGAAUUUUUUUCGGAGAAGAAGUUCAACUGGAAUAUCAAGGAGUUCUGUGAAAUCUCUUAACAGUUAUCAAUUUACAUCGUACGAUGAAACUGUAGCAGUAAGUCACGAAACAUUAGAAUCUGAAUCAAAGGAAACAGGAAGACUAUCAAUUCAAGUUUAUUAUCGUUAUUUCCGUGCAGGAGGCAGCAUUUUUAGUCUUAUUUGUUUUGGUAUAAUUUAUCUUAUGUCACAAGCUGCAACCAGUGGAGCUGAUUAUUGGCUUAGUUAUUGGACAAGCUUGGAAUCGAUCAAAGUGUGUCUUAAUAACUCAUUAGAGACUUGCAAAUUUACAAAGAGUCAAUAUGAAACGAUGGUUAACACUCCAUUAUUUACAUCACUCUCUUUACUCGAUGAAAAUGGAUAUUUACGAACAGAGAAUGCAAUAUAUAUUUAUACAGUAUGUAUUAUUACUUGUAUUGUAUUUGUUAUUUGGAGAAGCCUUUUUUUAAUGAAGAUUUGCAUGAAUGCAAGUCAAAGACUUCAUGAUCAUAUGUUUUAUAAUAUCAUCCAAGCUACGAUGUAUUUUUUCAAUGUCAAUCCAUCAGGUAGAAUUUUAAAUAGAUUUUCUAAAGAUGUUGGAGCUAUGGAUGAGUUGCUUCCAAGGACAAUGUUGGAGGCAGCUCAAAUUCUUUCUAUAAUGGUUGGGAUUCUAUUAUUAAUUAUUAUAGUCAAUGUAUGGAUGAUAAUUCCAAUUCUUAUUAUCGGUUGUCUUUUUUAUGUGUGUCUUCAUUAUUAUCUUUAUACUGCUCAAGAUAUCAAAAGACUUGAAGGAAUUGCAAAAAGUCCUGUUUUUACACAUGUUGCAACUACUUUAAAUGGUUUAACAACGAUCCGAAGCAGUGGGUCUGAUAUAGAAGUAAUGCUAAAAAAACAAUUUGAUGAUUUUCAAGAUAAUCAUACCGGAGCUUGGUAUUUGUUUAUUGCUACUGGUGCAGCAUUCGGGUUUAUUCUCGAUUUAAUUGCAUGUGCUUUUAUUAGCUGUGUUUGUUACUCUUUCAUUUUAAUUGGAUCCGAUAAUGUUUUUGGAGCUUCUGUAGGUCUAGCAAUUUCACAAUCAUUGAUUUUAACAGGAAUGGUUCAAUAUGGAGUAAGACAGAGUACAGAAGUACAGUCGCAAAUGACUUCUGUUGAAAGAAUUAUACAAUAUACUGAUUUACCAAAAGAAGAACCUGGAGAUCCUCAAUCUACUCCUAAAAAUUGGCCUUCAAAAGGCCGAAUUGAAUUUAAAAAUGUAUUUCUGCAUUAUAAAAAAGAUGAUCUUCCCGUUUUAAAGGAUAUAAAUAUAACAAUAGAACCUGGUUGGAAAAUUGGUGUAGCAGGCAGAACAGGAGCCGGAAAAUCUUCUUUAAUAUCAGCUCUAUUUCGGCUUGUUGAUGAUGGAUUACUUGGACAAAUAUUAAUUGAUGAUGUUGAUACAAAAAAAAUAGCUCUUUGUGAUUUGAGAUCAAGUAUUUCUAUAAUUCCUCAAGAACCGGUUUUAUUCUCUGAAACUUUACGAUAUAAUCUCGAUCCAUUUGGAAAAUAUUCAGACACUGUAAUUUGGGAUGCUUUGAGAGAAGUAGAGUUGAGUGAUUUAAUUUUAGAUCAAAAAGUUACUGAAGGUGGAACAAAUUUCAGUGUGGGGCAAAGACAACUAAUUUGCCUUGCAAGAGCUUUACUGAGAGAUAACAAGAUUCUUGUCUUAGAUGAAGCUACGGCUAACAUUGAUACUCGAACUGAUUCUUUAAUACAACGAGCAAUUCGAUCAAAAUUUACUGGCUGCACAGUUAUUACGAUAGCACAUCGGCUAAAUACUAUCAUUGAUAGUGAUAGAGUUUUAGUGUUAGAUACUGGAAGAGUAAUGGAAUUUGAUAGCCCAUAUGAGUUGAUAUUUAAUAAACAAGAAAGCUUAUUUAAACAAAUGAUUGAACAAACAGGCGUGGCGAUGUCAGAAAAAUUAUAUAGAGAAGCAGCUUUAUAUCAUCAUCAAAAAAAUAUUUGUACUCAAUCUUUUAGCAAUAUAGAUAAAGAAAUGAAUGGGAUUACAGAUGAUAAUCAUAAAAAUUGUGACGACACAAUAGAUAGUACUCGGCUUUAGAUUUAAAAAAUAUCUUGCAGAAGUAAAUUAAAUUGUACACAAGAAUUUGUAAUUUGACAAAAUUCAACAUUGUAAAACUAUGUUUUAAAUAUGGUAUUAUUAUUGAUCUUAAUUAUUAUAUCAACUCAACUCAGUAUAUUUUAGAUGGUAGGAAUUAAAAGAGUAUUAAAUUUUAAUAAGUUUUUUUAAAAUCGUUAGAAAAUUUUUAAUACUUAAAAUUUGAAAGAAUGGAAAAAAAUAAUCUAAUAUUUUAUGUGCUUUUAUUUAUUAU